CAAUAUGGCGGCCUCCGCAGCUUCACGUGAGCUCUUCACGGAGGGAGUCAGAGCGGUUUUGCAUACCUGGCCUGUCCUACAGAUUGCGGUGGAUAAUGGAUUUGGAGGCGUGUAUGGGCAGCAGAAAGCUGAUUGGAUGGUGGAUGUGGUCCAGCAGUAUUUCCAUGACAAUGCUGACCUGCAGCAGUAUGAGGUCGAGGACUUCAUCGCUCAACUGAUGGAUCAGGAGUUUGACACAGUGGUGGAUGAUGGGAGUUUACCUCAGGUAUCUGAAAGUCUGCUGCAGGCGUUCAGUCAGUGGCAGAAGGGGGCGCUGCAGCAGCUCAAACACAACAUCAACACUCUGACGCAGAAGAGUCAGAGGGCGAAGGUCACAGCUGCAACCACACAAUCUGAUGACGACAGCGAGGACGAAGCACAGGCAAUGGAGUGUGAAUCGUCUAGUCCAUCAGUCAGCAGGACAGAUCCUCCUCCUCCUACUCAGGAUGAAGAGGACGGGUGGACUGUGGUCCGUAAGAAGAAGUGAUGAGAAGGAUGAAGUGCAGUAUGAACUGUCGAACACUGAUACUGCUGACCUUUGACCUUCAGGAUGAACUGUGUGUGAGCCUGAAACGGUUUUUAUCAGCAAAUGGACGAGCAGAGUGUCCUGCAGCAGCUGUGAUGGUUUCCAUCCUCGCGGUGCUCUGAUGUUCAACUGUGGACCUGAAGGGGGACGUUUUUAUAUUAAAUCUGCAGAAGCUGC